AGACCAGGUAACGUACGGGUCAUAGAGUGGCACGAUGUUCCCAUUGGUAUUUGGCAGGAUGUCCUUUCCAAUCAUGAACCAAACGGCUUUCGAGUCCGUUCUCAGUACAAAGUCACUAAUCUCGAUCGUUUUGACAUCGAUUACUCGAAUUGGUCCCGAACUGAUGUUGAAUAGACCAUUGGGAGACAGUCCACGAAGUUGGACGACGUCGGGUAUUUGGAAAGCUGGACCGUUUGGCAACAACACUGAUGCUACCGUCUCACGGCGUUUAUGGUCCCGUAAUGAGAUCCAGUGAACGGACUGAGCGACAAUUCCUUCAGGAAGCGUCAGCAGAAUCGGUUGGAAGCCUGCGUACCAUUCAAGUGGUUGAGCGUACUUCACCAACAGGUCCACCUGAUUUUGACGGUCAUCGAUCGUUGAAGUCUCUUCCGCUUCUGGAUUCUCAAAGGCAUCUCUCCGAGCUCGUAAAAGACCGUCAGGCUUCUUUGAUUUUUCCGAGACUGGUUCGAUAGGAUUCAAUCCAUUCAGUAACAAAUUCGAAAUAGCCAAUCCAUUCCUCGCCUUCGCCUCCAUUGGUGGUAAUUGAUCUAUGGCAAAAGCGGCGAUGUCAAUGGGCUCGGGGCGAACGUAGAAACCAUUGUUCGAAGGGAACAUAUCGGCCAGCACAUUCUCUGUCUUAUUCAGUGGUCCCAACCAGAAUGUGACAUUCUCCGACAGAAGGGAGCCAGGCUGAAAGAAGAACUUCGAAAUGAUGAAUCGUUUGUUAUCUGCAAUCCAUACUGCACCAGACGGUUUGAAUUUCUUUGUGACACCAAUCUUCAGGGAGUCCUCUUUAUCCUUCGUCAUGCGAAAUUCCUUUUCUUUAUCGUCCUUCUCUUUGAUUGAUUGGUUCAGGGCAGAUGCCGCUUGGUUGAUUAACGUCUCCAUGAUGGUUGGUUGUGGUUUUGGUUUCCCGUCUUCUGAGAAUGAAGCACUGGGCAGUGGAAGGCGAGCACCACGCAGAGCAUUUGUCAUGGUUUCCAGCAGACCUUUCGAUCCCUCUUUACCACCGAAAUUCAGGAUGUUCUCUGCAAUUUUCGUGAACUGGUCCAGUGAUGCGCUGUUGGACAGUAGGGCCUCUAAAGGGUUCGGAGCUGCCGAGGCCGUCUGAGUAGCCGCGGAAGCCGCUGCAGGUAG